AUGAGCAACUAUCCACCGCCUCCGCCGCAAAUGGGCGCGCCGCGUCCUCCAAUCCCCGCCAAUGGACCACCUGCUCCCGGGGGCUACCACCAGCAGCAGCAGCAGCCACCGCAGCAGCCGCAGCAGUUUGCGCCGGGUCAAAGACCGCCGCCACCCCCUGGCUCUCAACCAAUGCCUGCUCAGGGCUGGCGGCCACCUGUUGCGGGUGGUGCCAUUGGCGUUCAGCAGCCUGGCUUUUUGCCAGCAGGCGGCGCACCUCCCCAAUACAGACCACUUCCUCCUCAACAACAGCAGCAGCUGCCACCACAACAGCAACUGCAGAGACAGCAGCCACAGCAGCCACAACCAGGGAUGCAGCCUCCCCAGAUGCAAGUGAGGCCCCAACAGCUCCCGCCCAUGGCUGGCGGCAUUCCACCUAUGCAGCAGUACCAACAGCCCAUGCAGCAACCACAGCCCCAGCAACAGCGUCCAUCCUACUUGCCACCGCAGUCACAAACGCCGGUGGGCAUGACAUCGCUCACCCAGCAGAUGGGUGGCAUGAGCAUGGCACAUCCUCAGCAGCAGCCAGGCAUGCAGUCCCCGCCAUUGGGAGCGCAAAAGCAGCAGCAGCGGACAAGGCGGGCAUACGCGGCGGCCAGUCCCGUCCAGAACGCGGCCCCAAUGAGUGUGACCGGCUACCCGCCCAUGAACAGCGGCGCCCAGCAGCAAGGAUACCCGCCCGCUUCCGGCGCGCCCAUCUCAGGCCCGCAGACCUUUGUCCCUGGAGCUCAGGCCCCUGCGCCUGUGCCCGCGCCCGGCUCCCCCUAUGGGCGCAGCCCAGGAGGCACAGCUCUGAUGCAGAACCCCGGCCAAGCACACUACCAGCAGCAGCAGCCGCCACAGCAGAUGGGGCAGCAGGCGCCCUAUGAGCCACCAAAGCCGCGCAUCGACCCGAGCCAACUGCCGUCGCCGAUCGCAGUGCACACGCGGGACCAGGAAGUCUACACGAACGAGCCGUACUCGACGGCGAACAAAACGUACGUACCCAUAGUCAGCACCGAGUACACCGCCGUCGACGAGGGCAACAGCAACCCGCGCUUUGUGCGCUUGACCAUGAAUAACAUCCCAAAGACUGCUGAGCUGCUCAAGUCGUCGCACCUGCCGAUGGGCAUGAUUGUGCAGCCGCUAGCGGACUUGGCGCCGUCCGAGGAUCCGGUCAAACUCAUUGACUUUGGAGAGGAGGGCCCCAUCCGCUGCCUGCGCUGCAAGACAUAUAUCAACCCGCAUAUGGUGUUCAUUAACGGUGGUAAGAGCUUUGUGUGCAAUAUGUGCCGCCACGAGAAUGACGUGCCCGACGACUACUUCUGCAACCUCGACAUGAUGGGCAGGCGGCUGGACCGUGAGAUGCGCCCGGAGCUGCGCAACGGCACUGUGGAGUUUGUUGCGACCAAGGACUUUAUCACCCGUGCACCCACACCGGCGUCCUUUGUGUUUGCCAUCGACGUGACGUGGAAUGCCGUCCAGAGCGGCAUGGUUGCCCAAGCUGCCGCCGCACUAAAGUCGGCGCUAUACAGCGGGUUGGGGCUCCCGGUUGGCACCAAGGUCGGCAUCAUCACGUUUGACCGCAGCGCGCACUUUUACAGCCUGUCGCCACUGCUCGACCAGGCGCAGAUGAUGGUUGUGCCUGACAUCCAGGACAUGUUUGUGCCGAUCCACGAGGGCUUUGUCGUCGACCCGCUCGAGUCGCGGCAUAUUAUCGAGCCCCUUUUGGACGCGCUGCCCAUCAUGUUGCCAAAAACCACACCGCUGAGCCCGUGCUUGGUGCCGUUGUUCAGGCAGCCCACGAGGCCCUGCGCGCACGCGGCGACGGCGCUGCCAACCUUUGGCCCCGGCAGCCUUAAGCAGCGCGACGACGCCAAGCUGCAUAACACGGACAAGGAGAAGGCGCUGUACGAGCCCCAGGACUCGUUCUACCGCGACUGGGCGCUGCAGCCUGUACCUGUUCCCGCCGCCUACAUGGAUACGGCGACCCUCAGCCAGCUGUCGACCAUCACAGGCGGCGAGCUGUACUCGUACCCCGCCUUUGAGGGCGGCCGCGACGGCCAGCGUCUUGUGGCUGACCUGCGCGCCGACGUCAACCGCACAUACGGCAGCAGCGCAGUCCUGCGCAUCCGCACAUCCGAUGGCCUGCGCGUUGACGAGCACUACGGAAACCUGUUUAUGCGCAAUCAUGUCGACGUUGAGCUUGCUGGCGUUACCAGUGACACUGCUAUUGGUGCGCUGCUGCAGCACGAUGGCAAGCUCGAUGAGAAUCAGGACGUGUACUUCCAGGCGGCCCUGCUGUACACAACUUCUGACGGCCAGCGCCGCAUCCGUGUCCACAACCUGGCUAUCCCGUGCACGACGCUGAUCGGAAACCUGUUCAAGUUUUCGGACGUCGACACCAGUAUGAACCUGGUGGCCAAGUAUCCGCGAAAGCUGACCGACCAGUGCGUGCAGAUCCACACGGCGUAUCGCCGCAACUGCGCCACGCACAACUCGCCCGCGCAGCUCAUCCUGUCGGAGAGCUACAAGCUGUCGCCACUGUACACACUGUCGCUGUUGAAGAGCCCGGCUAUCCGCAGUGGCGCCGACGUGCCCGUGGACCAGCGCAUCUACCACAUGUGCCUGCUGCGCCAGUUCUCCGUGCGCAAGUCACUCGACUACCUGUACCCGACCAUUGCGCCCCUGCACGCGCUGUCGGACGCUGAGGGCGCGACAGACGAGGCAACUGGCAAAUUUGUGCUGCCAGCCCUUGUGCGUGCAUCGUACCCGAUGCUCGAUCCUGCUGGUGCCUACUUGCUCGCCAGCGGCGGGUCUUUGGUUCUUUGGCUUGGCCGCCAGCUGUCGACAGCCCUGAGUCAGAAGGUGCGCGCCAUUGCUGAGAGGCUGGUGCCUGCUCGCGCCGGAUACGCCAACGUGCAGAUUGCUCGCCAGGGCAUGGAUCGCGCCGAGGUUCCAUUUGCGUUGAUGCUGGUCGAGGACCGCAAUAACGACAACAUGUCGUAUGUCGAUUUCUUGUGCGCGAUCCACCGCCAGAUUCAGAUUGAAACUCGCCCCAAGGAGAACCGCCAGGAACAGCCGAAGUGGUCGUACAACAACUGA